AUGUGCCCAAAAACAAAACCAACACAGAGGCAAGCCCCUCGAAAGAUUGACAGUGGCCUGCCACUUGCUCCAUGGAUCUUGAUCAACAACUCUGUAGACGUCUCGACUGUCUACGCUGACGCUGUGUGCUCACUCAUCCCUCAUUCCAGCGUCUACUGGGGCCCAGACCUCAUGACCCCCGUCAAUAAACCACAAGAAUACCAUGCCAUCACUAUCUGGGCCAACUCGUCUACCGCUCCGGGUGAGGUGGUAGACACAGCGAGAACCUUUCAGGUCCGAGCUCUGAGUCAAGGUUGCAAUACAGCUUGUGUCAAUCUCUGCAAUGAUGCCACUUUCCAGGACUUCCAAGCUGUAAACGCGGAUGAUUGGCCUGUCAACCAUCUCACCAUCAACGUUGAUGGGGCUCCAGUCGAAGAAAUUUCCAAGAAGAUCGUCAAAUGGCUUUUCACCGUCCUGAGCGUCCGGGAAACCCUCCAUCUUAUUCCUAUAUCGGAAAUGCUCGAGAUCGACCCGGUAGUUUAUAAGGACUACAAAUACUGCGCCCUGAAGGACGCCUGCAAGCACCGCAAAGAUGCUAAGCUUCAAUUCGUCGCUCUCAUAGCAUCCAAACCUGAGUUGACCGAACCAAACACAUUGACGUGGAAGGUUGUCGAUCGAUCUGGAGAGGCCAGAUUCUACUUCAAUUACCGUGGGCCUGCCUGCCAGCACACGUGGGACUGGGUCCUCGGUCUCAGACCCGGCGACCGCAAAGUCCUUCCCCGCAUGCCCAUGGUCGCUUUGCACGAACCUAUUGGGAGGAAAAUACUCCUUUCUCCAUUACGAGCAACGGGCGCGACCAUUAGGGGCGUUGGGCAUGUGACCAUGGGACUUGGCAGAGGGGUACAUUGGUUCGGGGACAAGAUUAGUGUAAGGAGGAGUGAGAAGCAAAAAUUCAUACCGGAGGCCGACUGGUUGAAGGCCGAGGAGGAGAAAAAGAAGAGAAAGGAUGAGAAGAAGACGUACGCCAGUUCUCGAGGAUCGAAGGGGUGGAUAAGCGCUAGAAAGGAGAUAUUGAAUAGGGAGCGAGAUUUCAGAAUCUUUAACGAAAAGGGUGAGAAGACGUGGAAGAGUGUGGAAGAUGAUACAACCAGUUCGGUUGCGCCAAGCUUGGUCGAUGAGAAAGUUGAGAAGGAGUUUUGUUAG